AUGUAUGCGUACUUCGAGUUGCCUGAAGACUCAUUGCUGAUUCUUGACCAGUGCUGGGGCUUGCGGUAUCGUGAAGGCGGUGCUGGUGGUAUCGAUGACCAGUGCGGACAUCACGAGGAUGCUAUACCGCGAGCUAAAGUCCAGUCAGCGGAGCUACCCACCAAACACGUCACAAUCUCAGUCGAAUAG